CUGCAUGCACACUGAUAAGAACUUGAAAAAGCUAAAACUGGAGAAAUGCAUUGUAACAGUUUCCUUGUUUUUAUUUUUAUUUGCUGCCUUAAAGACGUAUGGACACAGGACUGUCCCCAGCACUGGGCUAAGCAUGGCUUUUCCUGCUAUCUGUUUAUAAAAGAUGUUCCUGGGGACUUCAUGAAAGCUAAGUCCAUUUGCCAACAACAUGGUUCGAAGUUGGUGGAAAUUGAGACAGCCGACGAAAAUAACUUUCUCCGCUCACAUAUCGUUGGAACCCAUCCACAAAAUGGAUACUGGAUAGGACUUUCUGACAUUGCCAAAGAAGGAGAGUGGGUGUGGCCAUCCACAGGGAGUGUUGCAUCAUUUUAUGACUGGGCACGGUCACCUGUACACCAGCCAGACAACCUCAGUAAUCAGGACUGUGCUAUGUUCUUUACGGGGUUUAAUUUCCACUGGGAUGACAAUACAUGUACUGUCAAAGCGGGAUUCAUCUGCGAAAUUGAAACAGGCCUACUUGUGGGAUGAGAAAAGAAACAUUAUUUUAUAACAAUCUUGCAUUGAAGAUGAAAUAAAACGAGA